CGGCGUUCACACGUUUCCCGUCAUCCACUUCGAAACCGGGUCCCUCAGUCGAGCGUCGUUCUUCGCCCGGGGUGGUUGUUAUCACGCGAUUCCAUUAAAAAAAAAAAUAAUAAUAAACCCCCGUUUAUAAUAUUACCAAAAAAGAAAGAAAAUAUUCUUAUCUUGUUAUCAGAAAAUUUUUCAUUAACAAUUUUUUUUUUUUUUGACACUCGUCGACAAUAAUUUCAGACAGGUGUUUAAUUAUAUGUGUUGGUGAUUAUCUGUGCGCAACAAAUUACUUCUAAUCGCUGUCAUUUACUGUGUGACCUCCGGAAUUAAAAACAAUUUUUAUUUGUAAAUACAGACAAUAACUAAGAAUUAUCAAAAAAAUAGACAAAAAAGGAACUUAAAAAAGUUACAAGUUUUGUGACUACAAAACUCUUUUGACAAAUUGUUGCACCUAUAAGGUCCAACAUAAAGAGAAAUAUUUUCUUUUGCGUAUACGUCUCUUCCAAUUUAUCGUAGAAGUAGCUACAAUCGUGUAAAUACAGUAGAUAAGGAAUUUAACGGCUUUGGCACGACGGUAGGGAGUUUACGAGUUGAAAACUUUGGUGAACUAUAAAAAAAAAAAAAAAAAGUGGGGUUCGGGAGUGAAGGUGGAUAAAAAGCACUGGGAAACGACUUUUCCAUGACGAACUUUUUUUUUCUUUUUCUUCUUACAGAAUAUCUUAUUAUAAAGAGUGAAGAUUCACUUCUCGUUUAAAAAAAAAAAAAAAACAGAUUCCCCCCCCUCUAUAUUAAGAAGAAGAGCCUCGCGACAUUAGACUGGAUAUUAUAAUGUAGUCGCGCGAUUAUGUAAUAUCAAUGUGGUCAAAAAACCAUUCGUUUUUAGAAUGCCUUUGUCUCCGAUACACGAACUUGUCGGAAUGCCGUCGUAACUUUUUUGGGGGAAAAAAAGGGGGGGUCGAAGGAUACAGUGAGUUUUAGUUUUGUGAAAGAGGUAUAUAUACAUAUAUAGAGAGAGAAACAGAGAGAAAAGAAUAAAGGAAGAGAGAAAAUAAAAAAGAAGGAAAGAAAAAAAGAAAGAGAAAAAAAAAAACGAAGAGGAGUAUUCUCGAGGUUAUAGAGGAGUGGUGGGCAUCUCUCACACGUGUAUUCAAGAGUGGUGGUGAAGAAGAAGAAGAAGAAGAAGAAAGAAAGAAAGAAAGAGGAGGAGGAGGUGGACCGUCACGUUCCCAAUGUUGGUGUGAAUUUGAAACCAUAAGAAGGUUAAUACUUACGGUGUACGGAUCUACCGUGAAUUUUGUUUAAGAUUUUAAAAAAACAGAAUAAAAAGUGAAAGAUGGUUCGGGAAAUUUUUUACCAAUAUUCAUAACCAUGAAGUGAUUUUACUGAUACAAUUAAGAUGUACCCCACGCCGGCGAGACUUCCAGCCGCUGCCGGUGGCGGAGGAAGCGGUGGGGCUGCGGGAGGGCUGAAGUUCACGGUGGAUGCCACUUGUGAGAGAAUCAAAGAGGAAUUCAAUUACAUGCAGCAACAGUACCACUCGUUGAAAAUGGAUUUCGAGAAGCUCGCAAACGAGAAGAACGACUUGCAACGGCAUUAUACAAUGGUUAGAGAUUACGUCUAUUACGAGAUGUCCUGUGGCUUCAAUAUUGAGAUAACAAAACAGACGGAGAUCGCAAAACGUUUGAACGCUAUUAUUGCACAAUUACUUCCGUUUUUAGCACAAGAGCAUGGCUUGCAGCAUCAACAACAAGUGGCACGAGCUGUUGAAAGGGCUAAGGAAGUCACUCCCACGGAAAUCAACGCCAUAAUUGGGCAGCAACUACAGCAGCAGGGUUUGCAAAUGCAACAACAAGGUCUGCAACAAUUAUUGCAACAAAUCCAAGCUCAACAAAUGGGAGGAAUGUCGCCUGUUGGAUUUUUGGGAUUUGCGGGGGCAGCAGCGGCAAUAGCUGGGGUGCCACCACAUCUUGGCCCCCCUGCUCAUCCGGCGGCAAUAGCCGCUCAAGCACAGGCGCAAGCUCUUCUUAAAUCGGCGGAUUUACAACAUCGAAGCGCUGCCGCGACGCCUGAGGAUCGUAAAUCAAUUACUAUUACUGAACUAAGGCGAUCAUCUUCACCUCCGGAAAAAUUUCGCACUCGCACCCCAGACCUUGAAAGUGAUCCUAAAAGGCGGAAAGAAGAGAAACUCACUCACGAAAGUGAUGGGGAAAAAAGUGACCAAGACCUUGUGGUAGAUGUUGCCAGUGAGGAGAUAACGUCACCUCAUGCAAAUGGUGAACAUAUAGAGCCACGUGAAAAUGGUACACUGGAGAAGCAUGGCUCUUCUGGCCAUGGAGGUCCAACUUCCGGUUCCGGUACAACCUCUGUUAAGGACAGACCCCCGUCGCGAAGCGGAAGUUCUUCAGCACGGAGUACUCCCUCUCUGAAAAGUAAAGAUAUCGACAAACCGGGUACUCCGUUAGUGGGUGCGAGGGGCUCGCGCAGCUGUACGCCAACUUUGGGUGCAAUCCCUGGGCCGUUGGCGUCGCGAGUCCAUCAGCCGCCAUCCUCGCAGCAAACUCCACCUCAAGGUUUUCAGGGCUUGCCGUCCCGAGGCAAUGAACCACCGCAAUCACCUUCACCAUACAACAGUUUACCCUAUGGCAGGUCCACGAUGCUUGGAUUCGACGGUCACGUGCGACUUCCUUCGAGCAAUGGACUAAGCAAUAUUCCAGGCGGUAAGCCUGCUUAUUCCUUUCACGUAAAUGGCGAGGGUCAACUGCAACCAGUGCCAUUUCCUUCGGAUGCACUUGUAGCUGCUGGAAUACCACGACAUGCCCGACAAAUCAACACCUUGACACAUGGUGAAGUUGUUUGCGCUGUAACAAUUUCAAACCCAACAAAAUACGUCUACACUGGUGGCAAGGGUUGUGUUAAAGUAUGGGACAUUGGUCAGGGUAUUAAUGGAACGGCAAAUCCUGUUUCACAAUUAGAUUGCCUUCAACGUGACAAUUAUAUAAGAUCAGUGAAAUUACUUCCCGAUGGUAGAACACUUAUUGUUGGUGGUGAAGCGAGUCAAUUGAGUAUUUGGGACUUGGCAAGUCCCACGCCUCGAAUUAGGGCAGAACUCACGUCAUCAGCACCGGCAUGUUAUGCACUUGCAAUAUCGCCAGAUUCCAAAGUUUGCUUCAGUUGUUGUAGCGAUGGAAAUAUUGCCGUAUGGGAUCUUCAGAAUCAAACUCUCGUCAGACAAUUUCAAGGUCAUACAGAUGGAGCCUCUUGUAUAGAUAUAUCAGCCGAUGGUUCCAAAUUGUGGACUGGUGGUUUGGACAAUACUGUGAGAUCGUGGGAUCUCAGGGAAGGUAGACAAUUGCAACAACAUGACUUCACAUCACAAAUAUUCUCUCUUGGUUAUUGUCCCUCUGGUGAAUGGUUAGCUGUGGGAAUGGAGAAUUCGAAUGUUGAGGUUUUACAUGCCUCGAAACCUGACAAGUACCAACUUCAUCUUCACGAGUCUUGUGUAUUGUCUUUAAAGUUUGCUUCAUGUGGUAAAUGGUUCGUUUCCACUGGGAAGGACAACCUCUUGAAUGCGUGGCGUACUCCCUAUGGAGCCUCGAUAUUCCAAUCAAAGGAGUCCUCGUCAGUGUUGAGCUGUGACAUUUCGACGGACGACAAAUUCAUCGUGACCGGUUCAGGUGAUAAAAAAGCAACAGUUUAUGAAGUGAUUUACUAGACUGAAUUAUUCAUUUUUAAGAUGUGUAAAAAUUUUUUUUUAUUUUUUAAAAAUUUGUUUUCAAAUGUUACAAUUGUUUAAAAUAUGUAUCAAUAUUAUUUGUUUGUUGAUGGAAUUCCAAAUUUUCAACGCUGAAAAAAAAACAAUAUUCUAAAUUUAAGACUAUUAUUUAAAAAUAUAAUCCAUAUGCAUUUUAUUUUUAUUUAAUGUUAUAUAAGAACCAAUUUUUUAAUCAAAUUAGAAAAAAAUUAUUCUUAUUUUAACAGAAUUUUUUUCUUAUUUUAAGAAAAUUAUAAUCUAACUGCAUGAAAGUGUAUGAAUUAUUUAUUCUUAAAUUCAGAAUAUCGGUUUUUUUCUUUUGUUUCUUUUGGUGAAGGAGAAGACUAUAUAAAUUAUUUGAAACUAUUGUUUAUAAAACUAAUUUGAAUUUGUUUCUGUACAAUUGUCAUUGUAGAUCAAUUUCUAUAAUGAAACAGAUAUUCCUACUAUGUCCGCACCUUUACUGCGUUGUAUUAUUAAACACAAUAGUCGUUUUGUAAUCAAAACAAUGACCAUCGGCCUAUUUGGAUUCAAUUAAUAAUAUUGUUUGAGGAGUGAAAAAUCACUAAAAAAAAAAAAAAUAUUUGAAUUUUGAAAGAUUGUGUAAAGUUUUCGUAAAAUCUCUUUUUAAUAGAAUAAAUUAUAACUUGUACAAAUUCUGAAUAUAGAACAUAUUUGUAAUUGCGUAAAAGCUUUACUUCAUUAAUUUGAAAAUUUUCAACAACUUCAAUAUUGGAAAAUAAUUAUCAAAUUUUUCCAUGUAAUAUUUUAUUUAGGGAACAAUUUUACUGAAAAGUAUAAUUUUUCCCAAAAUUGUAAAAUAAAGAUUAAAUUUUUGAUAAUUUUUUUUUCUAUUGUGUAAAAUUUGUCUUUGCGAACAUUUCAUGUACAUGCUAUUUCGACUGUUAAUAAAUUUUUUCAAUAUUUCUCUUUUUUUUUGUAUUUGAUAAAAUUAAUAGACAAUAGAAAUUAUUGAGAAAAAAUAUAAAUUAAAAACUGUUUUUCUCAAGUGUUAUUGAAAGUAUCAGCAUUAAGGGAUAUAAUUUUAUUUUAUAAUAAUUCUUGAAAUCAUAAUACGAGAAUGUAGAAAAUAAUAGUUCAUAAUUUGUUUCUUAUUAAACAGUUCGAAAAUCACAAAAUACAUAAAUGUUCAUUUAGCAAUGACUUAAAAAGGAAUUGAUAUAAGAAUGCAAAAAAUUGAAAAAAUAUUUUUAAAUAAUUUUUGUUUUUAUUUCAUGUUAUUGAUUUUCAAAUAUUUUUUUAAUUCCAAGAAAGUAUUUGGUAAAAAAGAAGUAAAGAAUUUCAAAUUGUGCAUAUAAAUAAAUAAAUAAGAAACGAGAAUGAAUAUUUCCCAAAAAAAAACAUGUGUCUAAAUGAAAAUUCUGUUAAAUGAAACUUUUCUAAAAUGAAAAUUGAAGUUAAAUGAGAAUUCUGUUCCGAAAUUCGGAGUAUUAAGUAGAUUAAAUAUUUCAUUUUACAUUGUAAAAUUCGGCUUUUUAAAAUUUGAUGAAAUAAAAGUCUCGUGAGUUUCAGGAACUUUGAUCCGUAUCAAAAAUAAGUUAAUUAGUGAUAGUAAAGCGGCAGUUAAGAGAAAAUGAACAAAAAAAUUAAAAAACUCUUAUAUGUCAUUUGAAUAAUAUAAACGAAUAUAUUAUUCACUUAUAAGAUGUGAUAACAAGACUUCUUGUUGCCUCGCGAUUGUAUAAUAAGGAUGUGUUAAUAGAACAAAAAAAAAAUAUAUAUAUAUAUAUAUCUGUAGUCUUUGUAUGCAAUGAGUGAUGAUAAUAUUUACACUUUUGUUGCAUUAAAACGCAAAAGAAAAUGGCGUACAAAAUCGAAUAUAAUAAAAUUGAAGAGUGUUAUGAGUGCUUGUUUCAUGAAAGCGGUGAAGUAUGCGCUAAUAUGUGAGAAUAUAUCUUUGUAUAGAAUUUAUUCAUUAUACAUCCGAAUUGUACACUGACGAAAAUGUGUAAAGGCUCUAAAAUGAAAACAUGUUUAAAUAUGUAUAGUAAACAAGUGCACAUAAACAGACAAAAACGAAACUAUUUCUCUACUCUAGCUAAAUCCACUUUCCACGUAGUCUAUCAUCAGGGGGACAAUCAUUUUUAUUUUUAUGUUUAUUUUUUUAAUUUUACACUGAAAAAAAUUCUCCAUUAUCCAAAUAAUCGAUUGUUUUAAAUAAAUAUUUUCUAUUGAACCAAAUAAUUUACAUAUUUCGUUUUUUUUAAUAUUUAAAAAAUUUUUUUUAUACCUUUUUUAUAAUUUUAAAAUUUGAAUUAUUAUAUUUUUUAAACAAAGUACAUUCAAGGUAAUAAUUUUUGUUUUUGAAAUAAAUAAAAUUUAAUUAAUGAGAAAAUCAAUUUAUUCUAUUGAAAAAUCAAUUAAUGAAAAAAUUCCACGAAUUUAAAAAUUGUAACUUUUUGUUUUUUAAAAAAUUCUAAAAAAAUUGUAAACUAUAUUUAUUUACUUUUUUUAGUUUUUGGGUUUUUUUUUAUCUAAUUUGAAACUGAAGGGGGUAAGAAGAUUUGAGAAUUUCAGUAAAACGUGAACAUUAUAAAAUAUCUUGUUUAUGUAAUAAAAUGUUGUAUUGUAAAUAUAUUUUUCUAUACAACUAAAUGAUUCUUUGUGUGAACACGACUAUAAAACAUUUUUAUGCUUUUUGCUCUUCUGUUGAAUAUUAAACUACAUAUAUGUAUAUGUGUGUGUGUGUAUAGGGAAUUGAAAAGAAAAGUUUCUUUCGACUGACACAAAAUCGAUUGUCCCUCUAAUAAUACGCUCCUCGAUUUGUAAAACGAAAAUUUCUAUUGAAGAAAAUUAAACUCAUCUGCUUUAUAAAAUAUUCAAUUGAAUUUAAAGUUACAAAUUUUUAUUGUCAAGACUUUUGAGUAAAACACAUACAAGACAUAUGUGGCAUUCUUUCUCAAAUGUCACAGUGAAAAUUGUGUAGUUAUUGAAUUCACUUGAAACUUUGGGUAAAUUUUUUAUGAGAGUAAAAAAAUUCCUAAAAUAUAAGCUCAAUUUUUCAAAAAUUUGUAAAAAUUAAUGAACAUUUUAAGUUUAUGCCAAACUUUUUUUUAUUUUAAUUUGAAAAGCUGAGAUUUUUUAUCGAAUUUAUAAAGAAAAAAAAUUAAUCCUGAAUAAUUUCGACAAUUUUUUUUUUUAAUGAGAUAAUAUUCUUUAGGGUUUUCUUUUUACCCUGAAAUAUUUAAUUUACCAAAGUUUCAAGUCAAUUCAAAAACUUUUAAUUUGGAGCAUUGGAGAAAGAAUGUAUCAUUUUCUACUUUUGGGAUUAAUUUUCUUCAUAACAAACAAACAAAUAAACAAAAAAUUGUGAGCGUGAAAAAUGUUUGUCUUAACCGAUAGGCCAGUAAAUGAAAUAAAAAAAAAAUAAUAAAAUUAUAUUUAUUAUUCGCGAAAUAUACUCUAAUAAAGAGUCUUGAAGGAAUUUUAAAAGACAUUUUGCGUACCGAAAAAUUUUUAAUUGAAAUUGUGAUACAUAUAAUAUUAUAUAUAUACAUGUACAGAUUUGAUGUUUGCUGCUUUUCACUGAUAUUGUAUUCUUUUUUUUUUAUCUAUUCUCCAGCUUCAAUAAUUUUUGUCUAUUCAAUUUGAAAAAUAAAAAUGAAAAAUACCUUUUUUAUUAUUAUUGAAAAUAUUGCAAAAUAAAUUUUAUUUUAAAAAUGACAACAAAUUUUUGAAAUUUUACUACUUUUUUUAAUGAAGAAAAAAGAAAGAAUUGUUACAAUUUGUUUGUUAUAAAUAAAUUUAUUCAUAAAAAAUUGUUGACCUUUACAGAAUAAAAUAUAAUUUUUUUUUUGUAAUUUCCAUAGCUAUUGAAUGGACUAAAAUUAUUUAUAGCAAGAAGUAAAAAUAGAACAAGAGACUUUACAUAUAAUAUAUAUAUAUUUAAUGUUUGCGAAUUUUAAAUUUUCUUCUUUACGAUAAAUCUCGCGGUACGCAAUGCGUUUAAAUUCUAGGUGCAUCCUUGUGUCUUUAGUAAAUAAUACAUGACAAGUGAUAUUGCAAUUUUAUUUAUCUUCUCGUAAACAAGCCAGUCUCUAUUUCUCUCUCAGUGUGAAGAAAAAAAAUAAAUCCAUUUAUGCCAUAAAUAAAAAUUUGUCUUUGAUGUUUUUUUGUUCCU